AAAGAUAAUCCAACGUGUGCCGUGCUCCGAAGCAGUCGCCGCGCGGCAGUCUUGUCUGCGAUUUCGGCCGUGCAUCUCUCUGCGGUCCUUUUUACAUUUUUUUUUAUCGCUUACUCGUUUUUUUUAAACUUUUUUUUUUUAUUAUUUAUAGUUGCUAAUUUAUUAUGAAUGUAUAUAUAUUUAUUAAAGCUUUAUGAAUUUAUUUACUCGCCACGUUUAAAUUUAAAAAAUAAUACAUGACCGUCAAAACGGCUACGACACGCAACAAUGGAUAACGUGAAAAAUAUCUACUCGCUUUACCGUUACAAUUUAACAUAUUAAUAAUAUCUAUCUUGCACACUCGACCAAAGCCGACGAUUUUAUUCGAUCGUACGAAUUACAUACCAGACUUACAGACGAGUCCGAGAUGGCGUUACUGGAGUCACGGUCUUUUCGACCGUUCAAGUCGAGUGAAGAAUACCUGUACGCCAUGAAAGAAGAUUUGGCUGAAUGGCUAAACGGUUUAUAUCCUGAACUUUACAUAAACGUGAACAAUUUCAUGGAUAGACUAGAUACCGGUGUUGCUCUUUGCAAGCACGCUAAUUGCGUCAGGAGUUAUGCCGAAGACCACGUAAACCGGAGGCAAGCGGCCGGAAAAUCUAACAUUAGCGGCAUAGCAACCAUAGUUCUACAGUUACCAGCCGUGAGAUACCUUCCCGGUGCCAAGCCCGGCACGUUUUUCGCCAGAGACAACGUUUCCAAUUUUAUCACUUGGUGCAGAAACGGACUGGGAGUUUUCGAAUGUCUGCUAUUCGAGACCGACGACCUGAUCAUGCGCAAAAACGAAAAACACGUGAUACUCUGUUUGCUCGAGGUGGCCAGGCGAGGAGCCAGGGUCGGUGUACCGGCGCCCAUGUUGGUGCAGAUGGAAAGGCAGAUCGACCGGGAAAUCGCUGCCGACAAGAAAUACGCUCAGUACUCGCAGGGUACCGAUUUCAACGAUGGCGACGACACUGACUUGAGUGACGGCGAAGACCUCACGGAAUACGGACCGUUGCCUCAAAUCGUCACGAACGACCUAAAGAGCUUGGACGAAAUGGUACGAGAUUUGGUAGAGAGGUGCAAGUGUCCAACGCAGUUCCCUAUGAUCAGGGUGUCGGAGGGCAAAUACCGUAUUGGCGACACUAAAGUGUUGAUAUUUGUCAGGAUACUCAGGAGUCACGUUAUGGUCAGAGUGGGUGGUGGAUGGGACACGCUGUCUCAUUACUUGGACAAACACGAUCCGUGCCGGUGUAAAACUGCUCAUCGUGCUCCGGUGUCGGCUAAACUUACCGGCGUCAAGAGCGGCGGGCCCGCGUUGGAACUAUCGCACGCCCAAGUCCACUAUGACAGAUCGCCGCCCAGGACUCGUCGUUCGUCCACGUCGAGCACGGGCAGCAGCGGCAACGGUUGUGCAGGCGGCUUGAGCCUGACCACCGGCGGCCUGAACACGGCUAGACGAGCCAGCCGCCGUCGGAGCAGAUCACCGUCCCCGCGGGUGACCACUAGACUGAGCGCGCCUCCGGACGCAGAUCGCCGGAGCAGGAGCCCUACGCCUCGCAACACCGAACGGUUGACGGUUCAGCAGCAAAACGGCGGCCGGUCGAGAUCCGUGACGCCCAACCGUCAGAAAAACCCCCGGGCCGGAUCGCCGGUCGAUCGCCUGCUGGUGCCCAGCAUGACGGCCGAGUCGAACAGGAGCCGAUCGCCCUCGGUCAAUCGCAGCGGCGUGGACGACACGCCAACGCCAAAGAUUUCGGUCAACUUCACGUCGGAGUUGGCUCGCGAAAUUGGAGAUCGCCUGUCCAGGGAACCGUCCGUGGACAAAUGCGAACCCCGGAGAAAGUAUUCGGACACCGUCGACGACCACACUACCGUGGACACGUCGUCCACGUGCAGGGUGUCCGACAAUUUUCGCGGAACCGACCAGUAUCACGUACUCAACGGCACGCCGGUGGCGGCCAUCGAGAGGAGACAUUCGACGGUCAGAGAAGAAGAGUCCACCGUUGACACCACGCCGGUCUACCGGGUGUCCGACAGCCUGCGGGUCACUCACGAGUAUUCGCCGACCACCGGCAGAAGGAAAUCGCAUUCGACAAACAAAGAAACCAAGAAAUCCGAACCGGUGGGCACGGAUAGCGGUUCAGAGGUGUCGGACGAAGGCUACCGGAGUUUGGGAAUCGUUACUACGCCGCCAGCCAACCACAAUGCAAAAGCUGUGCCCAAAUUAAACGGCACACCUCCAGUUACGCGGGUCGCCCGGCCGCCGCGUAGCCGUUCGGCUGGCGGCAAAGAGACGCCCAGCCCGCAGCAGUCGCCGUUCCGCCGGAACCGUUCCACCAACCAGUCGUCCAGGCAACCGCGGACGCCGUCGUCGGCUGUCGUCAGCCGGUCGCAGACGCCCACGCCGCAGAUGAGCCGCCGGUCGCCGUCCGCGGACAGGCGUCCAGCGGCGGGCAGCGCGGUCGCGUUCGGCCGGAACAAUACGUGGAACGCGGCCGGCGGCCGGCAUUGGACGGGCAAACAGCGGCCGCAGAUCACGGCCGACACGUUCUGCCAGCAGGUGGCCGACAUCAUCAACCAGUACGCGGCGCUGUCGCCCAGUCCGAGGAAAGACUCGAAACCAGACUCGGCCAUGGUGACCAGGAUACCGGCGCCUGUUCAGAGAUCGUGAAGUCCGUCCGCGUUGCCUCGUUGUCGUUGCCUUCCCAAAAUCCAAAAAGUUCAACUCGAAACAGACUUAAUAUUAUUAUUGUUAAUUACCAUGCAUAGGUGCCUCCCAUGUUAUGCAAUACCUACCUACUGUAGCGUUUGUAAAACAACAACCUAUAGUCGUGAUUAAACCGUUAUGAUAUAACAAUAAUAGUUGUAGUAGUAUUAUUGUAAUUGCAAUUAUUGCGUUGUACAGGGUUUAUACUUAGAGAACUAUUAUUAUUGUUGCAACUAACCAGCUACGUGAUUGUAUUUAUUAUUAAAAAAUUAAUUCUUGUUGUUGUUUGGAAAAUUUGUUAUCGACAGAAACGACGUUUCUGUGCAAACGAAUGGUGCUAAAAGAGAAAAAAAUAUGGCCUUACACGUUUACCUAUUGGCCCGCGUUGGCCGCUGUAUGAUUUCACGCGUGUAUAGAUAAUAUAUUAUAUGACUUGUAUGUGUGUAAUAAUAAUAAAGGAUAUUAUUUAAAUAAUAAUAAUGUGUAAAAAUUAUAAUUUAUUGAAUUAAAAAUCUUUGUAAUAAUCGUUCGCGGACGAAAAAAAAAAUUGAAAGCAAUAGCCUUUUUGCAAAAAUUAACUCUACCUAUUAUUAGUCAUCGAAAUUUAUAAAUACUAUAUUCUAUUUAUUUUAUGUCGUACCUACACUAACACCAUGUAUUCAGGCCGUUCUAUUAUCGGUAGUAUUAUUUAUUAUAAUGUUAAAUUAUUAUUAUCGCAGAGUCCUCUUGUAUUUAUUAUAUAGUGAAAUUUAUAUAAGAAAAAAAAUUG